AUGUCCGAACUUGAAUGCUACUUCACACUUCUAUCUGAAAGAAAGCCACCUGCAUGUGCAGGCCUGAAGGUUUCUUCGAUGGGCAUUGGUGCUUGGAGCUUUGGGGACAGAACAGGCUACUGGGCAAACAACUUUGGCGCAUACAAAGCACUCGUUGAAGAGGGCAUUACUUUUGUCGACACUGCAGAGGUGUAUGGCUUUGGCAAUUCGGAGGAGUUUUUGGGCGAGUUCAUGAAAAGCACCAACACCAAGCCAGUCAUUGCCACCAAGUUUGCUCCCCUGCCAUGGCGGUUCACAUCCAAGUCUGUGGUGUCUGCAUGCCGGGCAAGCUUGGAGCGGUUGGGGAUAGAGAAGGCGGGCCUCUACAUGCAGCACUGGCCGGGCAUAUUGACCAACGGCCCCUUUAAUGAUGCAUUUGUAGAGGGGCUCGGGGAUUGCGCCAAUCUUGGCCUCACACAGGCGGUCGGCGUUUCCAACUUCUCUGCCGAGCGCGUACGGCGCGCCAGCAGCAUCCUGCAGGCACAUGGAGUGCCGCUCGCAUCCAACCAGGUCCAGUACUCUCUGCUGUACCGCGUGCCAGAGGUGAAUGGAGUGGCGGAUGCUGUUCGGAAGGCUGGAGCGACACUUGUUGCCUACAGCCCCUUAGCGCAGGGCCUCCUCACAGGGAAGUACACAAAGGACAACCUGCCCACAGGUCCUCGAGGGAUCACCAUCACUGCGGACAGAGUGGCCGAAGUUCAGCCGCUGCUACCACCCUCCAGGAGACUCCUUCAGGACCCUGCCUGUGAUGCUGCACCCGUGGCCAUCAAUUGGACGCUGUGUAAGGGCGCUUUGCCGAUUCCAGGAGCCAAGAACGCGAGACAAGUGAGGGAGGCUGCAGGUGCUCUAGGGUGGCGGCUCACUGCAGACGAGGUGCGGUGCCACUUCAAUUGGAGAAGACUUCGUACACAGUACACAUGUCCUUGUAGAGCACAUUCUAUGGCCCAGUUCAUCACCUCUAAGCCGUUACCUGGUGACCUGUACCAGACCUAG